AUGUCGGCCGAAAAGCGACCCGCCUCCGACGAGCCAGGCCCCAGGCAGGCGCUGGUCAAGAGACAAAAUGUUGGAACAUCUUCAGGAGCCCUCGCAAGGCUCAAUGCCUCUGCAAACGGCAGUGCUCUUGUUAAGACUGCUCCUCGAACCAGUGGGCUGCAAGCGCCGGUGAUGGAGCUGUCUGGCCAUUCUGGUGAGGUCUUCGCAGCCAAGUUUGAUCCUACUGGGAACUUCAUCGCUUCAGGAUCCAUGGACAGAAGUAUAUUGCUGUGGAGAACAUAUGGCGAUUGCGAGAAUUACGGUAUCCUCAAAGGGCACAGCGGUGCCGUUUUAGACCUCCAGUGGUCGAGAGACUCGCGAAUUCUUUUUUCGGCCUCGGCCGACAUGCAUUUGGCCAGCUGGGAUCUCGACAAUGGCACACGGAUACGGCGCUAUGUCGGUCAUGAGGAGGUCAUUAAUGCUAUGGACAUCAGCAGGCGAGGCGACGAGGUGCUCAUCAGUGGCAGCGAUGACGGGUCAAUCGGGCUCUGGGAUCCUCGAACCAAACAUGCGGCGGACUACAUACAAACGGAUUUUCCUGUGACGGCAGUCGCCAUAUCGGAAGCUGGCAAUGAAGUCUACUCUGGCGGUAUCGAUAACGACAUCAAGGUGUGGGACUUACGAAAGAAAGCCGUUGUGUAUUCCAUGCUCGGCCAUCAAGACACCAUCACUUCAUUGAGGGUAUCCCCUGAUUCACAGUCGCUCCUGUCCUAUGCCAUGGACUCCACUGCAAGAACAUGGGACAUCCGCCCCUUUGCACCAACAGAACGCCACAUUCGGACGUUCGAUGGCGCCUCUAUGGGCUUAGAGAAGAACCUGGUUCGCGCAAGUUGGGACUCAGCUGGCAAACACGUGGCCGUGGGCUCCGGGGACGGCACUGUCACCAUCUGGUCCAAUGAGUCCGGGAAAUUGGCGUACAAGCUUCCUGGACACAAAGGCACUGUUAACUGUGCCGAAUUUGCACCAGGAUCUGAACCAAUUCUUCUCUCGGCGUCUUCUGAUCGCAAUGUGCUUCUGGGCGAGCUACGAUGA